GGCGGCGGCGGCGGCGGCGGCGGCGGCGGCGGCGGCGGCGCGGGUAGGGAGCCUGGAAACGCGAGCGGGGAUGGUAGGUGUUUUGGACCCGCCGGGCCGCCGUCGUUUCCAGAAAGGGUUUGACUGGAGGAACCUCUGGAGCAGCUAUGUUGAUACCAGUGAACCAGGAUCAAUUCUCCCUAAAUGUUGGAACAGUGUUCUGAAGCUCUCUGCACAAUGGACCAGGGUGUUUUAUUGAUUAAGGAAGAAGCAGGAAGAAGACCCUCAAAGAACCUUAGAAUAUCUGGCAUGAUAGUUUUUCAAACUGGGCUAUGCGGAGCCCUCUCGGGUCAUUUCUGGAGUAUGCCCCCUCAUCUUGCUGUCUUCCUUCCACUUCACUGCCCCCCCACCAUGCUUCACUCUGCAGAAGGUGGACAAUGGGACACACCCCGAUACAGUGUGAUUCCAGUAACUACAGGAAUGAUUCUGGUCUUCAUUUUAAACCUGUACACUCAGAACAUACUCUUAGAAUUCCUUUUGAAGAUAACUCUGAAUUUAUCCAAGCACUAUUUGGAGGAAGCUAAAGUUCUUUAGGUUGGCUGGCUCCUCUGGCUGAUGGCAUGUUGAGGCACGUGGGCCAGUGGCAACAAGGGCAUCCAAUCCAGAGGGGGCCACUCUAGAGGCCAGGCCACCAGCAUCAUGGGCCAGUGUGUCACCAAGUGCAAGAAUCCCUCAUCAACUCUGGGUAGCAAGAAUGGAGACCGUGACCCCAGCAGCAAGUCACACGGGAGGCGGGGUGCAGGCCACCGUGAGGAACAGCUGCCAGCCUGUGGCAAGCCAGGUGGGGAUAUCCUUGUCAAUGGGACUAAGAAGUCAGAGGCUGCUACUGAGACCUGCCAGCUGCCAACAUCCUCAGGAGAUGCGGGGAGGGAGCCCAAGUCAAAUGCCGAGGAGUCUUCCUUGCAGAGGUUGGAAGAACUGUUCAGGCGCUAUAAGGAUGAGCGGGAGGAUGCAAUUUUGGAGGAAGGCAUGGAGCGCUUUUGCAAUGACCUAUGUGUGGACCCCACGGAAUUUCGAGUGCUGCUCUUGGCUUGGAAGUUCCAGGCUGCUACCAUGUGCAAAUUCACCAGGAAGGAGUUUUUUGAUGGCUGCAAAGCAAUAAGUGCAGACAGCAUUGAUGGGAUCUGUGCACGGUUCCCUAGCCUCUUAACAGAAGCCAAACAAGAGGAUAAAUUCAAGGAUCUCUACCGGUUUACAUUUCAGUUCGGCCUGGACUCUGAAGAAGGGCAGCGGUCACUGCAUCGUGAAAUAGCCAUUGCCCUGUGGAAACUAGUCUUUACCCAGAACAAUCCUCCAGUAUUGGACCAGUGGCUAAACUUCCUAACAGAGAACCCCUCGGGGAUCAAGGGCAUCUCCAGGGACACUUGGAACAUGUUCCUUAACUUCACUCAGGUGAUUGGCCCUGACCUCAGCAACUACAGUGAGGAUGAGGCCUGGCCAAGUCUCUUUGAUACCUUUGUGGAGUGGGAAAUGGAGCGAAGGAAAAGAGAAGGGGAAGGGAGAGGUGCACUCAGCUCAGGGCCCGAGGGCUUAUGUCCCGAGGAGCAGACUUAGUGGCUCUGUCUCAGGAGCAGCAGCAAGGAUCUGCCCGCUGCCCUGUGGCCAACCAAGGAAUUGGACCUUUCUGGAAAUUACUGAAGAUCCGGAUAUUUUCUACUUUACACCUUUCUCUGCCUUGUAUCUGAAAGGGCUCUAAAAUGCUGUAUCAUGUUUUAGGCACUUUCUUCACUUUUUGGUUAUUUCUUUUUUGGGGGGAGGGUCCCCCAAAAUAUUUGAACCUGGCUACAUGUUGUGUAUCUUUUUUUUUUUUUUUUUUUGAAGCCUUCAGAUAGAAUAAGCCUGCCACUUCUUGCACAAAUUAGAUUUUGGGGGGUGGGGGGGGAGGGUGUAGAGCAGGGAGGGGGGAAUGGGACAGUUAGGUUGAAUUAUCAUUACAAAACGAUACAGUGCCAGAUCUCAGUUUUGCAUAUUCUUGUUUUUCAGGGCAGGUCUGUACUGUGUGUAGUGCUGUUUACAUCGUUGAAUUUAGGUUGUAAUAAUUAUUUUUAAAGAUUUACACAGAGUUGAAUAGCAGUGUUAAUUGUUAACCACAUUGCAUUAAUUCCCAGGCGAUUUAAAGCUCUUGGAGAGCCAAGGCCAGCCAAGAGCAUUUGUAGUCUGGUGACAACCCCUUUUUAAGCUAAUUUAUCUGGAACCCUUAUUUUCCUCACUUCUUGCUCAUUCCUUCUUUGACCUAUUGCAUUUCAUGUUGAGUUUAUCCAUCAACAUGCUGCACCUGUCAGUCAAGUGAGCGGUUUUUUUAGAACACAUUGUACUGAGAACCACUUAAGCAUUGAAUGCAGAGAAAGCAGUGCUACCUCAGUUUUGCUGGAAGUAGACUUUGAUAGUUUUCUUUCUUUGAUGAACUUUCUGUAUUUUCACGUUGUAAGUGGAAAUACUUUUUUUUUCAUUUGCCUUGGAGCCAAAGUUUCUGUUCCUGGUGGUCAGAAAACUGUGCCUGCCGGCCAACUGACUUGAAGGAAAACUGUGGUAUGGAGCUCUGCUUGAAUUUUUUUUUUUUUUUUUUUUUAAUUGAGUAUCAUCAGCUUACUUGUCUGGCAAGUGCAGAAGCCUGGGCUGGCUUGAACUCUGCCAAACAAAUAUAAAAAUGUAUUUAAUAGUUAAAACGUGUGCCCUUUCCCUUCUUGCUGCACCCAUGUUGUCACUUAACCCCCAGAAGUUAUUUAUUUUCUUCUUUGUUAAUGUCAGGCUCAUUUGGGGUAAUGUGAUGACUGUUUAGGUUUACAUGACCCACCUCUCCUUUUCCUACCCCCAAAUAUGUAUAUAUACAUAUAUAAGAUAUGUAUAUAUUUUACCUAUAUAAAAUAUAUAUAUAUACACAUAUAUGUAUCUAUAUUUCUUUGUUUCUUUGCCUGCUAAAACUGGCUAUAAAAGGGAGCCUUCAAUAUAUAUAGUAUAAGAAGAGUGCCAGGGAACAUCAUAAUGGAGGCUUUUGAAUCAGAAUUUGGACCAGUUUCAUUAGAGAAGAUUAAUUUUCUCAGCCUUUUCCUCACAAGAGGGAGUCCCAGAGUUCCCCAGACUCCUCCAUGUGCUCGCUCUGUAAGGCCAGCUUUGGCCAAACUGCCACACAGGAGCUGACUCUGGUCCUACCUGGUUUCAGUAGAGGGUCCUCUUGUUAUUUUUCCAUUAAAAAAAAAAAUGUCCUCAUAAAACUGUACUGGAAGGGUGGGUGGCAGAAACUUGUACUGUUCAGCUUCCAACACUUUGGAACAGAUUGAAAAGGGAACCUUUUAAAUAAAAAAAUAUUUACACUCUUGAGGUAAUGAAGAGUUUGUCUAUUAAACAUUUGGAGUUUUCUCCCCCAACUUACCCCUAUCUCCCUCCCAGGUGUAUGUUUCUCAGCCUGGGCAGGAAUCAGUUAUUUUGAGUUCCUUCAUUAGUAGCCUAUGGCUCUGGGCUCCCAUAUUUACAAAAAUGAUUUAAGGAGUUUCUGCAGUCGAUGUUUUUCUAAAAUUGGUAUUGACAAUAGGGAACAUACUUGAAGUUACAUUUUCUUUUUUGAAUCCUAACCCUGACAGUUGCCCCUUCUUAGAGGGAUGGGUGGGAAACUUUAAAGUCAGCCACAGUAGGUUGGCAAUACUGCUGAAAAGCUGACGAGGGUCCCAGUCCAGAUGCCUGGCUUUGUUCUAGCCUAAGACACAAGAUCCUUGUAUAAAGAGUUUCUAGAGGUCGUAGCAGGUUCUGUGGCUCAACUAUAGUCAGGGCAUCUAUACUGGGGUGUUAACAAGACUGCCUUUUCAUCCAGUGUGCAACCCCCAGUUUCUCCCAAUUCUGGACUGGGUAGAGGUUGAAUAAGGGUAAAGGCAGGCUGCUCCUAGCCAGGUAAGGCUUUUUCUGUCUCAGAUCAGAAGGGUGUAUGGAGAGAAGGGCACAAAACAGGUAGAUGCUGAAUAUCCUGAGGACUCUGGAGGAACUGGAUUCUUUCUCCAGCCUAUACAAGGCGUGAUUCCAUGUAUUAGGUGUGCUAUGAUGGGUGG